AUGGAGCAAGGAAGAAAGCCAAUACCAGUGUUGCCAUAUCCAGCUGAACAUGGACAAUGGAGACUGGAUUCUGCAGGGACCUUCUGUGGACCAUAUAGAAAGUUCUUCAAACCUGUCUGCCUGAGUAUGUUGAGCAGGGUCCCAUGGUUGCCCUACUUCAUGAUGUUCCAGAAGCCCCAGGGCAAUCUCGCUUUCCAACUUGGGCCUAGCAGAGUGGCUCCUGCAAAGAAGGGUGCUGAGAAGAAAAAGGGCCAUUUUGCCAUCAACGGAGCAAUGACCCGAGAAUACACCAUCACCAUUCACAAGCGCAUCCAUGGAGCGGGCUUCAAGAAACAUGCCCCUUGGGCAUUCAAAGAGAGCUGGGAAUUUGCCAUGAAAGAGACGGAAACUCCAGAUGUGUGCAUUGAUACUAGGCUCAACAAAACUGUCUGGGCCAAAGGAAUAAGGAAUGUCCCACACAGUAUCCAUGAGCAAUUGUCCAGAAAAUGUAAUGAGGAUGAAGAUUCACCAAGUAAGCUCUAUACUUUGCUUGCCUAUGUACCUGUUACCACUUUUAAAAAUCUACAGUCAGUGAGGAUGGGAACUAACCACUGA